UACGGCUCUUCACGACUCCGUAACUGAGUUUGUCUGUAGAAUCUCAGUUAGCUGAAGCUGGUUUACAGGUGUCCGCGCUUAGGCGAUGGACACAAGUGAAUCGAGAGCACGAGCGUUAGUUAUCUAGUUGGAGUGAAUGAGCAUGGAUUAAUAAAUAUUGUCUGGACUAAUUCGAUUAUUAUUACAUGCCGUUUGUGAUAGUCAGAAAGUGAACAAUAUGUGAGCGGAUGAAUUCAUGUUGAUGUUGGUUGACCGUAUAUUCAGCCCUAGAGGAGAGUAUUUGCAAUACCACACCAAUGACGAUGCGUAAUGGGGAGGAGGCUUCUUGUGACGUCUCGACAGUUAAUUAUGGUUGUCUCAAUUUGCUCAGUUCUUUCAGUCACCAACGGGCUCGUGAAAAAAGAGGAUAUAGAAUCCAGUCUGAGCAUCGUCCACGAGGUUUCAUCUCAAAGUCUCGGUUCUUUGUGUGUGACAGAACAAUUCCGAUCGUUAACAGUACCAAUCGAUUCGCUCAGGUUCGAAUCUGCUCGUCAAAAAGCAGAUUUAGCCGCCACACUCUUGCAAGAUUUAGGAGUUGCUCAUCAUAAUGGUUUACAAGAUGCCAUUUCAAAAAACAUCUUAGUCUCAGAUUCUUCAGUAUUAUCUGCUAGAGUGCUAGCAAUGAACGCAACCACAGGAACACUGAUCAAUUGCGCCUGGUGGCAAAAGCAAGGUAUGGAAAUGGGCGGUCCCAAAAAGGUGUCCGAUACCAUUAUGGAAGUUGGUCACAGACCCAGCGCUGACUACCCUUGGUAUGAAGAUGCAGAUUCUAGUCCAGGUUUACGUUCACCCAAAUUCAUCGAAAGUCCACCGAACAUCUCGUAUCGGGGAUGGUGGACUUAUCCUUAUUACUCUUGUUCAGCCCGCCGGUGGUUGAUGUCCUACAGUGUCCCCAUUCCACCUCCAGGCCGAAGAGGACUGAAAGGCUUUCUCAGUUUGGAUGUGGAUGUAUCUCAUCUGGAAGUCAACCAAUGUGAAGCCCGUCCGGAUUUUCCAUCGCCCAAAAGUAUGUUUGUGUUUCAUGGAUCGCACAAAUGCCACAAUUUUACAUCGGAAUGUAUCUUCAAGCCUUCAGUGCAUGUUCCUUCAUGGUCUCGAGGUAGAUAUCAAUGCCACUGUCGAGCAGGCUUUUAUUCACCUCAUCACGAUGGAAUUUUUAAUGGGUCUUUAGUUGAAGUUGCUUGGGAAGAACAUUUAGAGAACUCGAGUAACUCUUGGGAAACGAUCUACCAUUGUCUUGAAUGUGCUCCCGGAUGCCACUAUUGUACUGACCCAUCUCCAUGUUUAGCCACCUAUAAUUGGCCAAUCAGAAUCACGUUUCUGUCUGUGAGUUGCUGGUGUGCUUUCAGUUCACUAGUCCUGAUCAUUUAUGUGUAUCACUAUCGUAAUGUAAAAGUGUUUAAAGCCGCCAGUCCUGCUUUUCUAUGCAUUACACUGCUUGGAUGUGCUACUAUGUACCUUGAAAUGGCAGCUAUAUUUCCAGUGUUAGAUAAGCUUUCAUGUGUUAUGACAAAAUGGACAAGGCAUUUGGGAUUUUGCGUAACUUACACAGCUUUAUUAAUGAAAACUUGGAGAGUUUCACUCACAUACCGAGUGAAGUCUGCUCACAAAGUAAAACUUACGGACAACCAAUUGCUCCAAUGGAUGGUACCGAUCUUGCUAGUGAUGCUCAUUUACUUGGGAACAUGGUCAGUUUCGGCUACCCCCACUGCCGAAGAAAUAAUGGACAACAACGGACUGAGAUUCAUGCAGUGCAUUUAUAAUUGGUGGGAUCACAGUUUAGCCAUAGGUGAAGUGUUUUUCUUGGCCUGGGGUGUCAGGGUCUGCUACAAUGUGAGACAUGCCGAGUCAAUGUACAAUGAGGCAAGGCUGAUUAGUUAUGCGAUAUACAAUAUCGCAUUAGUGAACAUCAUGAUGAUCGCAUUUCAUUUAUUCAUCUUCCCAAGAGCAGGUCCAGACAUCAAGUAUUUACUAGGGUUCAUCAGAACUCAGCUUUCAACAACCACAACCAUUGCAUUAGUAUUUGGGCCCAAGAUAUACAGGGUGCUCCAUGGACAAGGCGAUCAAUGGGAUGAUCGAGUCAGAUCUCGUGGAGUCACAGCGUCAUUUUCUUUGAAUGGAAUUGGAGUCGUUCCUGAGCAAGCUCUAGAUCCAUAUCAAGAAAACGAAGAACUAAAGGAGGAAAUUCAGAAACUUGCGGCCCAAAUCGAAUUCAUGAAAAUUGUCCACAUGGAAAUGAACAAUCGUCAUAUCAAGCCCAAGCCUGGCGGUUAUUUUACGGCGUUAAAUGCGCCUAUAGCCGUUCAGAGCCCAUUGAGCAAACAGGGAAUAACAAACAAACCGACCGAAGAACUGUGACAAAAAGCCUCUGACACGCCGCUUCAUGCAAGUGGUACGAAUGAAGCAGAUACGUCAUCUAAUACUGCAAGUACUUCUCGAAGAAGAAGUUGCAAGGAGUGGUUGAGAAUGGAGUCUGUGUUAAAGCAGACGGGAGACUCUGUUGUUGUUGUGUAAAUGAUACAGACCCCGACAAAGAUCGUACCUACUGUUAUGGUAUUGCUAAAAUGAUAAAUUCUACUAGGUCUUUUUCCGGUAGAAGACUUAUUUUUGUAUUCAAUAUUAACAACAUCUGUCUAGAAAAAGAAGACCUACUCGAAACAAGACCCUAAUCUUAUUUCUCCGGUUGUCUCUAAGAAAUUAGUCUCAAUAGGAAAUAGAACUUUCUUCGGACGACUUGGUUUUAGCAGGUAUACGUAUGCAAAUUUUGACAAUAAACGCAAAUACUAAGAAAGAUACACGUAUCUAUAAGAGAACUAUUAGAUUUCGUUUUAAAAAUGUCAAUUACUAAAGACGUAAUAGCAGAUGAUAUAUUUGCAUUGUCGUAUUAAUUUGGUCCUCAGGGUCUUUUUCAAUUAUUUAUUGCAUUUUCCAUAUGCACUAAAACAUCGGAAAAGCAAUAUGCUGUAAAUAAAAGCGCAGCUGUUCAUAUUCAUUGACGACAUCUAUCAAUGUUAGAUUAAGCUAGAUAAUUUUAGUCUAGCUUAAUUAAUAAGGUAUAUUAGCGAAUAAUAUUUUAACUUAUAUAGGAAAUAUUGAAAUGUGUAAAAUUAUAACUGUCGUAAAGCUAAAAGCUUCUAAACUAGGUAAUAAUGAAAUACUAGCAAGAAUUGGAUAUUUAAUUAGGAUAUUCAAUCUGACUUAUACUCAUUUGUAGAUGCCCAAGUGCGUGAUUUGAUUGUAUAUUUUGAUAAGUGUAAAUAUUUCGAUCCUCAUACCAGUUCUUGCAUGCCAUGUAUAUUCGGAUGUCCAGUAAAUGAGCAGAUUAAGGGUAAGUAAGUAAGUUACCGUAUUACAUUUUAUUUAAUUGAUUAGUUUUAUAUUGCUCUACGAAAUCUGAAAAUCCUUAUAUUAAGUGGUAAUAAUAAUUGUAUAACAUUUAAUGGAAAUACGGUAUGUUAAGUUUUUAUAUAUUUUUUCUAUAGAAUAGGAACGCCUUCCCCUACUAUGGGUAUCUGUGUCGUAUUCUGUCAGCAUACUGUAAUCAUAUUUAAAAUUCCCUUAUUAUACGAACUAACCGGUUCGAUCACAAAAAUGCCUUUAUCUGCGAUUAUUUAGAAAUGUAAAUUUCACAGUUCCAUAAACAAAGUUUACAGAAUCCCCAUUACUGCACUAGUGAAUUAAUCAAAAGGUAUAUAUUUUUAGGCUGGUUUGACAGUUAAUUUAACUUAAAAGCAGGUACAUUUUCACUUAAAAUUUAGCAUUUAGUCUAGUAAAUUUCACACUGUUUUCUUAAAUACGAAGGAAAUUAUACAGUGAUUUAAAGGAUUAUACAGUGCUUUUACAGUGAAAUGAAGCAGUCGUUUAAAAUUUAGAUGAACUUUAUCAGUACUUUUAAGCGAAACAAUGAGUACUUUUAAGUGCAAAUAUUUUCCAACGACAACUUUAAUUCUUUUAUGAAUAUGUAGAUGAUAUGAUAAGUUUUGGUUACCUUUUUUAUAUCGACUCAUUGCUUGUUUCAUCUAAAAGCAUAGUAAAUCACAUACACUUUUUAUAAUAAAUUAAUACAAUUUAACAUUUAUUUAAGAAUGGUUGGAUGUCUUGUUCAUUUACUUACAGAUGUGAAAAAUAUUACAGAUUUUCCAAGUAAGCGAUUCUUUAUAAAGUUGCUAGUUCCAUUUUAAACAUUUUUUUUAAUUUUGUAAAUUAUUUGUGUUCCUAUGUUGCAUAUUACUGCAUUUAAAUAUUCCACUUGAACGGUCGGUAACUGGAGUUGUAUUCGUUGUUUUUACAAUACAUAUGCUAAAUUGCCAUGUUAGUUAAUUUUAGGGACAAUUUUUCACCCUUUUAAUAAAAAAAACUACUCGUCCAUAAUCCGGAUUGGAAACAGCAAAACUUGUGUGAAAAACCAUGUACUAAUUUUGUACAUGUACUUGCCGUUUUGUUUGUAGGCACUCAAUAACCAAUAAUUUUGGUUUUAAUAAUGUAAAUAUUUUUAAAUUGUAUGUAAAUUAAAUUUGUAAAAAUUUAUAUUCUAUGAAAAACUUUUAAAACAAAGCGGUAAAUCACUAUAUUCAAACAAUUGUCCGCUUAAUGUAUUGUCCAACAUUUGUAAUAGCGCCAAUAGACUCGUACCAAAGUUGAUCAAUCAUAUGGGUGGGUAAACGCACUGGUGCACUAAUGUAGAAACAUUUUUACAUCUGUGCUAGACUUCGAAGCAUUAGUUGAAAAUAGUUAAUUUUUUUAUUUUGGUAUUUAAUUAAGUAACGCUCCAAGGAGGAUAUGCAAAUUGCUAUAGGUAAUAUGUAUAAUCUGUGUGGUGAGAGUAGGUACGUAAAACUUGCUCUUAUUAAAGUUUGUAUAAAGUCCGUUAUACAAACUUUUCUAUCUCUAUCUAGGUGGUAAAUUUGUUAUGAAUGUAUAGAUGUUGAAGCAUAUAAAUGCAAAAAUCGUGUAUUAAACAUGUGACUGUUUUAAAAGUUUGUACAUGCUUCUGUUUCCCCAAGAUGUGCUACAUAAUCGUAAUCAAUUAAUUGAUCCGAUUUCCGUAUCAUAAGUAUAUGUUAGUGAAACUUAUACUGAUACCUCACAACAGAAUAUUUUUAUUGAUAUUUCUUAUACCAAAUAAUCUAUAUAUGUGAAUGUUACAAACUAAGACAAAUUGUUUAUUCAUACUUAUUAUGUUGUUAAUAAAUGUGUUUUCGUAACGCA